UCAUCUCUGCACAGAACCCCGGCGUGGAUGGGAGAUCUCCACGAGGGAGGCUGUGUUCAUUAGGUCCCACCUGGAGGACUCAACCUUCGGGCCAGGAUGCAUCGAAUGAUGAAAGAAGAAUCAAGCUACAGGACAAGCAGUCUGGAAAAUGCAACGCGCGACACCAGCAAAGAGCAGCUGCAUGUGAAGCUCUGCAAUGGGUCCUGCCAUGCUGAGCAAAUCCUACAGACACUGAACGCCUACCGACGUGGUGGCAUCUUCACAGAUGUGGUGUUGUUAAUUGAUGGGCAAGAAUUCCCCUGCCACCGUGCUACUUUGUCAGCCAACAGCACUUAUUUCCGGGCGAUGUUUGGUGGCAAUCUCAAGGAAAGCCAUCAGAAUAUCAUCAACAUCCAGAAGAUUUCUGCUUCCACCAUGUCUCUCCUUCUUGACUAUAUGUAUGGGGGGAACAUUGUCAUUCAGGAAGACAAUGUUGAAGGCAUCUUGGAACUGUCUGACUUGCUGCAGAUCUCCAAGCUUAGGGAUGCUUGUAUCAGCUUUCUUGAAGGCCAGCUUCACCCCUGCAAUUGUUUAGGCAUCAUGAAGUUUGCCGAUUCGUUCUCCAUCACUUCCCUGACAGAAAAAAGCAAGAGGUUCAUGCUGGAGUGUUUCGUGGAGGUGUCGUGCCAUGAAGAGUUCCUAGAGAUGGGUGUGAAGGAACUGGUUGAGUAUUUGUCUGAUGAGCAGCUGGUGGUUCCCAAGGAGGAGGUGGUCUUUGAAGCAGUCAUGCGCUGGGUACGACACGACGUACCUGCCCGGAAAGGAGCCUUGAAGGAUCUCCUUGAGCAUGUGCGUCUGCCACUGCUCAACCCCACCUACUUCCUGGAGAAGGUGGAAAUGGAUGGGCUCAUCCAGGACUCAAAGGAGUGCAUCCCUCUGCUGCACGAAGCCCGCAAGUAUUACAUCCUUGGGAAUGAGGUCAGCUCUUUGAGAUCGAGGCCCAGAAGGUUCAUGGAGCUGGCAGAAGUUAUCAUCAUCAUUGGGGGCUGUGAUAAGAAAGGCCUUCUGAAGCUGCCCUUCACUGAUCUCUAUCACCCAAAGAGCAGGCAGUGGACGGCCCUCUCCAGUGUGCCUGGCUACACCAAGUCAGAGUUUGCUGCUUGCACGCUGAAGAAUGAUGUCUACAUAUCAGGGGGACACAUCAGCAGCAAUGAUGUUUGGGUGCUGAGCUCCCAGCUGAAUGUCUGGAUCAAGGUUGCUUGUCUGCAGAAAGGCCGAUGGAGGCACAAAAUGGCAACACUUCAGGGCAAGAUCUACGCUGUGGGAGGCUUUGAUGGUUUCUACCGCCUCUCCAGUGUGGAGUGCUAUGACACCUUCUCCAACAGCUGGUCCACCUUGGCUCCACUGCCACAAGCAGUGAGCUCGGCAGCCGUGGUCUCCUGCCUGAACAAGCUCUAUGUGCUGGGUGGUGCUGUGGAUGACACUGCCAACACUGACAAGGUCCAAUGCUAUGAUCCAGAAGACAACAAGUGGACUCUCUUGUCUCCCACUCCUUUCUACCAGAGGUGCAUCAGUGCCGUCUGUUUGGACAACAUCAUUUAUGUUGUAGGUGGGCUCCUCAGUAAAAUCUUCAGCUAUGAUCCAAGGAAAGACAGCUGGCGAGAAGUGGCUGCCCUCCCUGGGCCUCUGGAGAGCUGCGGCCUGACGGUGUGUGGAGGGAAGAUUUACAUCCUGGGCGGCCGAGAUGAGAACGGGGAAGGCACAGACAAAGCAUUCACUUUUGACCCUGUAACGGGGAGUGUGGAGCAGCAGCCCCCGCUGCAGCGCUGUACCAGCUACCAUGGCUGUGUCACCAUCCUGCAGCACAUGAACAGAUGACCGUGGGGCUUUGACAGCAUCUUUCUCCUAUCCAGAUCCUCCCCUUGAG